CCCCCACUCUUGUAACGCUUUUUGUGCGGCUAACUUGUGAGUGCUGCGUUACCGAGGCGCCGGUUUCCGCAUAGCGGUUUCAGUCAGGAGACUUGGAGUCGUGCAUGUUGAAGGAAAUACGCGACAAUGACUUCGACAAACAUGUUUCAGGGCCUUGAGGACGGCGCGAAGCCUAGUUCGAGGGUAUUGCGACCUCCUGGUGGAGGCAGCAGUAAUAUAUUCGGUGGCUACGAGGAUGACGGCGGUGCUUCAAGACGGCCAAACAAGAUGGCUUCUGCCAUUUUCGGUCCUCCAGAGGAGCCUCAAGCAGGCCCCAAACGCACCAACCCUCCAGGUGGAAAGAGCAGUGGGAUUUUUGCCGGGCCUGAGGCUGCCUCCCCAAAACAUAAACCGGUGCCUCCAGGUGGAGCAAGUACCAUCUUUGGAGGACCGGAGACAAACCUGCCUGCAGUUAAAAGUCAUCCAAACAAGCCAAAGGACAACAUAAGUAUGGGAUCAGCUGUUACAGUUGAAGCAGCAGCACCUCCGCCUAAGGAGCCACAGGAAGUGAAGAAGGAAGCGGUCGCCCCUCCUCAGGCUACCCCGAAAAAGGAAGCUACCCCGAAAAAGGAAGCUCCCCCUCCUGAACCUGUAGCCAGUCAGGAUGUCGAACCCUCCCCUGACAAGCCGGCGGAGAAUGACCACGAGCCGCGCCUCGGACCUCGGCCCCGCUCGCACAACAGAGUGCUCAACCCUCCUGGUGGAAAAUCCAGUGUGGUCUUCUACUGACCACUGCUUUUGUUUUCUCAGUCGUUCUCUCUCUCUCUCUCUCCCCCUCCCACUCGGUUCUGUCUUAUUAACACUGCUACUUACUUUUUUCCUUUUUCUUUUUUUUUCCCCUAGAGUCUUCUUUACCUUCUGUACUAUAUCCUUUUAUGUAUGUGUUUCUUGGUUUAGUUUUUCCCCCCCUCUUGCACUUUCUAACUCAUUCCUUAAACAACCCUCUUCGUCUUGCUAUCUGACGGUUUGAGUAACGGUCGCGCUCAAUCAAUCAAAUGGUUCCUUUCUCAUCAAUCACACUUGGAGGUUGAUUUGUUUUAUAGAUGUUGUAUAGAAUACCAGUCUGACGGUGAAAUGUUAAUCGCGUGUGUGUGUAAACGGUAAACUGGAACCACUGUCGUAAUACUGGCGCAUGGCAUAUGUAUCUCAGUCCGAGUGUGUUCUCAUGGAGUGGUUCACAACACCCAUCUCCCAACGAGCCCCCACCUACCCGUCCCUCUGCUACGCAAGCUUUGCUGCAUGGUGCUCCCAGAAGUCCAGCCAGGUGUGUUAGAAUGUAGAAAACACAACCAGCAAUAAGAACAUAUGACUGACAUUUUUUGUUUUAGUGUAGCUCUAAAACUCCCAUGUAAUCAGACCUCUAGUGGUGUGACAAUUUCUCCCCCCACCCUUCUCAUUGGAGAUUGCAAUGCUGUUAAGUUUUCAAGUAGUACAGUACAGGGGGUGUUGGAUGUAUUAACAGUGUCCCUGUUUUUGUUUAGGAUUUUUGCAGGCCAAUAAUACCAUACCAUAAUGAUUGCGCUCCAAAUCUAUAUCAAACCAAAAAAAGCCCACAUAGAUGAUCAGAUUGUAAUACAUGCAUAUUGUAGAACAAAUGGCUGACUCCAGAGUAUGUUCAUAUUCAGCAUGGAUUAUUUUGGCAAACAAAUAAUAAUAAAAGAUUAAUAAUAAUCAUUGUGUCCUUUAAGAUUAAAAAAAAAAAAUCUGCAGGUAUUUGGAACAUCAGAAAUAUUCUCUUACAAGAAAAUGCUCUCUGGAUAAAUGAAUGUUCAUUUUGUACCAAAUACCAAAGUGUCACGUUUUCACACUUUAAUCUGUUUUUCCUUCGUACACCUUGAAGCUGCCGGUUUAAAGUUAAACCUGCAGCAGGGAUGCAGAUGGUGGCACGUGUUUGCGUGCAAGUGUGUUUCUCACAUGUUGGUGGAAGCACUGCCCAAAGUGCCUGUAUGGUUGAACGGCAAUGUCACAGAAAACUGUGUAACAAUAAACAUCUAUUUUGAUGAUUCA